AUGGACUGGUUCAAUUUCACGACGGUUGCCACACAACCAACAACAGAGUGGGCAGCCUGGUCAGAGUAUGAGAGUGAAUACUACCGGGCUACCAAGGCCGGAGGCGUCGUUGGACCAAUUGUUGGAUCCGUUGUAGUCAUUGCCUUCAUCAUAUCCCUCUUUUGUUUCACAUCGCACAUGCGCCGUAGGAGACAGGAGUUGGCGAGCGCCUCGCGGCGGGAAAACCGAAGACAAGGAAGAACAGCUUUUGUGAUUGGCCAUUCUCACAAUCCAGACUGGGUGGGCGAAGGAGUUAGCGGAAAUGACGUCAGCAGAAUGGUACAUGAUUUACCUCCACCUUAUUCACCUCCUUACGAAUCUGAGUUAAAAGAUGGAGACUUGCCGCCUUCUUAUGCUGACGCAGUUGAUAUGUUUGCGUAUAACUCUGUGUACGAUGACGUCACUCAGCAAUACGAUGAAAAUGACGUCACUCAGCCAGACGAUGAAAAUGACGUCAUUCAGUACGAUUAUGACACCGACAAUAUGACUGACUACAGUGUUGAUGAAAGCGUGAAUUAUGACGUUGCAUACGAUGCUGACGGUGGUAAUGAAACAGAGAAUGAUGAUGAGGAUGAUCAUCAUGACGUCACUGCUAAUCCAGAUGAUCUUGCUAGCCCGUAA